AUGCGCUUCCAGCACCAUGUCACCCAGACGUUUCGCCGAAUCGUUCGACACUACCCAUUCCUCCGCAAACUAUCCCUGACCACCACCAUCUUGACCAUCGUAUGGUUCUACAUAGUCUACAGUGGUGAACGGUCCACCUUCGAAUCGCACAUCAAAGCAUGCCACUGGGACAAGUGGGAAGAAUGGCCGCACGAUGCAACGCCGCAUCAUCUGCUCUUCGUGGCAGAUCCGCAGCUGGUUGACCCGCACACAUAUCCUGGUCGACCAUGGCCAUUGUCAAGUCUGACGGAGAAGUACACGGAUCUGUACAUGACAAGGAACUUCCGCUUGGCCAACGAGCAACUCAAUCCUGACUCGAUCGUGUUCCUGGGAGAUCUGUUCGAUGGCGGAAGAGAGUGGACGCCAAAAAGAGCACGGAUGUUGAAGUCAUGGCAGAGAGACCAGCUUGUCAAGUUAGCCAUCUUACGAGAGGGCGAGAGGGAAGGACAAAAGACUGCCUCUCCAGAGUUCGUGCCUGGCGAGAAUGGGCGAUGGGCAAAAUACGGCGACACCCAGUGGCAGUCUGAAUACGAUCGGUUUGGCAGGAUAUUCUUUGCAAAAGAGCAACUAUACCCCAAAGUAGAACGGAACUUGGUGCCAACGUGGCUCAUGGCAGAGGAUCCGGUCAGUGUCGCGAACGGUGCGCCUUCUCCCGGCUGGCACGAGUAUGCUAUCGAUGGCAGACAUCGUGAAAUCAAGACGAGCCUGCCUGGGAACCACGACUUGGGAUUUGGCUCGGGUGUACAGUCGGCAGUGCGAGAUCGCUUCCAGAGCCACUUUGGUGAAACGAAUACCGUCUACGUACUGGGCAACCACACAUUCGUCAGCUUGGACGUGCCGUCACUCUCGUCAUUUGAUGAGUCUUCUCAAGAAGAGAUGACCGUGGAGCGGCAGAACAAGUAUUCGAACGUCUGGAAGCCGACGAAUGACUUCUUGGACGGAGUGAACACGUCCGCGGCUAAAGUGGUGAGCCGACACCUCAACCAAUACUACCCAGGAGCACACCCAGGUGUUAAGACUUGGCAUGGUGUCACUGCAACACAAGAGGAAAGCCUGCGUGGGAAAAGAGAUGUGACUGCUUCUACGACCCAGAGUCCGAAGCUACCAGUGGUCUUGCUAUCGCACGUGCCACUCUUCCGCAAACCUGAUACAGACUGUGGAAAGUUGCGCGAGAAAGGUAAGGCAAUCACAGUUGCUCGGGGAUAUCAGUAUCAGAAUGUACUCACACCGACACUGUCCAACUUGAUUACGAAGAAAGUGUCGAAGGCUGGUGACAUCGAGCACAUCUUCUCCGGCGAUGAUCACGACUAUUGUGAACUUACACAUCGCUUCAAUGUUGGUCGGUGGAACGAAGAGGAGAACAAAGAGCAAGUUGUCUUGAAGACCAUCAGAGAGAUCACAGUGAAGUCCUUCAGCUGGGCGAUGGGUGUCAGAAGGCCUGGGUUUCAGCUCGUCAGUCUCUGGAAUCCUGUUGACUCAACUGGCAAAACGGUCGGCACGCCGCUCCCAACAAUCCAGAGCCAUCUCUGCUUACUGCCAGAUCAGCUCGGCUUAUUCAUCAACUAUGCGAUGCUCUUGGGAUGGACUCUACUGCUUCUUGCUGUGCGUGCCAUUGUCCUUGGUCUUCGCAAGCCAGUCGAAACGGAUGACGAUGCCGACGAUGACUUCACCAGUAAGCUGGCUUUGCCACGCUAUCAAGCUCGAUCCAGCUCCAAGACUCCCAUGAACGGACACGCCAACGGGUAUGCUAGCCCGAACAAAGACCAGAGCACUGGCGCAACAGGACGUCAACGAGCAAGCUCAACCUCAAUACAAUCGAGCGGUAAUUCCAACCAAAACCUUAGCGUCCAGCGUACCUAUAACGCCAGAACACGGAGCGUCAGUCCGAAUGUCACUGCUUCCAGUGCUUUGAAUAUGGGCGAAAGCUUCAAUCCUGCGCCAGCCGGACCUCUAAUUGACCGUGCUGGGUACUUCCCACAACUCCGGUGGCAAGACCCCAAUGACAGCGACGAAGAGUCGCACGUUGGUGACGACGACAAGGACGAGAAAUGCAAACGGCGUACGAGGACACCGGGCAGGGCGAGAAGGGCCUUCAAGAAGUUUGUUGCUAGCCUCUUGAUCGUUGCAGUGCCGGCUGGGCUCUUUUAUGGUGUGAUGAUCAAGAAUUUCUAG